CUUCCCAUCCUCCGCCCCCAUCGCGGCCCCGGGGAGGUUGUGGAGCAAGCGCUGGGUUUGUGCCAGGGUCUGUACUCGGGCCUCUGCCCGGUGGGAUUGCGGCCCGCCGAGAGAAGUGUUGGGCCUGAGCCUAUGAAGAAUGGAAGAAUACAAAGUGUUGAAAGUACUAGGAGAGGGAUCCUUUGGCAGAGUUCUCCUAGUUCAUCAUGGAAUCAGUGACCAGAAGUACGCGAUAAAGGAAAUAAGACUUCCCAUGUCUUCGUCUGGUGUAGAGAACUCUAGGAAGGAAGCAAUUCUUUUGGCUAAAAUGAAACAUCCGAAUAUCGUUGCCUACGAAGAAUCAUUUGAAGCUGAUGGACAUCUAUAUAUAGUGAUGGAAUAUUGUGACAAUGGAGAUCUAAUGCAAAAGAUUAAACACCAAAGAGGAAAUUUGUUCCCUGAAGAUACGAUCCUUCACUGGUUUGUGCAGAUGUGCCUGGCGGUGAAGCACAUUCAUGAUAAACGUGUGCUGCACAGGGAUAUAAAAUCCAAGAACAUCUUCCUCACUCAAAACGGGAAAGUGAAAUUGGGAGAUUUUGGAUCUGCACGCCUUCUUGCACACCCGAUGUCAUAUGCUUGCACAUAUGUGGGAACGCCUUAUUACGUACCUCCAGAAAUAUGGGAAAGCAUGCCAUACAACAACAAAAGUGAUAUAUGGUCUCUGGGGUGUAUUCUAUAUGAGCUGUGCACUCUAAAACAUCCGUUUCAAGCCAAUAGCUGGAAACAUCUCAUCCUUAAGAUAUGCAAAGGGUCCUACAAUCCACUACCAUCUCACUACUCCUAUGAACUUCAUUACUUAAUAAAACAGAUGUUUAAGAGAAAUCCUCAGGAUCGUCCAUCAGCCAGUACUAUUCUUUCAAGAGGUUGCUUAACCAAACUUAUAAAAAAUUGUUUGCCUUCUGAGAUGAUAAAAGAGUUUGAGCAGGUAUUAAAGGAAACCAAGAAACAUGAAGGCAGUGCAGCAAGACGAAAGGGUAGUGUCAUGGCUGGUGGAAGCUCAAAUAAUGGGAAAGAAAAUAGGCGAAGAGAAGAUGAAAGUAGCAAUUGUAGCCCCUUAGAAAGGAAAAAUAUUACUGAGGGUUUGAGUGAAGGCACAAAGGAACAAAAGAAGUCUGAGCAAGAGGAAGAUAUUGAUUUGUCACAUGUCCACAGGAGGCAAUGGGAAAAAAGGAUAUCCAAUACUGUACUGGAUGUCCUGGAAAAUGCGUCCUUGCUUUCUUCCAGUUUUACACCUGAAGAGACUGAAAGUGGUGGUGUUAUAAACUACCGUGAAAAAAAGCCACGUAAGCAGUGGAACAAGGAAACUCCUCGGACCCUGAUGAACAUUCUCACUAAUGCAGACGUCAGCCUAGCAUUUAAAACAUACACAAUUUAUAAGCCAGCUUCUGAAAAUAUAUUAAGAGGUCCACUUUCUGAUGAAACUGAAGCAUCUGAUGAAGUAGAUGGUGAACAUGAAGAUGUUGUCAUAGAUUCUGAGAGACUUGAGCCUAGAUCUGAUGAAGAUGACACGGACUUUGAGGAAGACGACCCAGACUGGAUGUCAGAACUGAAAAUGGCAUUGAAACACAGUGACUGAAAACUUGAAUUUACCUAUGAUAAGUGAAGUUGGGUGUGCUGGUCUUUAUAAUCAAAAUAGUUGUUAAUAAUUGGUUAUUAAUUAAAUAAUUUCAGUCAAA